AUGAUUUUGAGAGACCCCGAGGAAGAGCAAGGCGAGAGGACGAGGAAGAGACGAGAAGGAAGAGACGAAGAAGGCACGGAGAGAAGAGACGAGAGAGGAAGAGAAGAAGAGGACGAGAGAGAGAGACGAAGAAGAAGAACGAGAUUGAACGAGCAGGAGAGGACGAAGCUCGAGAAGAGUGAGACCGACGAGGAGGAUGAAGCGAGAGCCGAGCUCGAUCGGAGAGAAUGGAUAGGAGAUGGAGAGUCGAGGGAGAUGACGAGGAAGCGAGAACAGAAGAUGACGCGCCGAGAGCGUUCACGAAGACGAGAUCGAAGCCGAGAGAUGGGGAGUGGACGACGAUGUGAGGAAGAAGAUAAGCCGGAGAGAUAG